AUGCCACCGCGACCGUCCUCAGGAGAGCUAUGGGGGAUCCACCUCAUGCCCCCGAGGAUCCUGGUGGACUGUCUUCUCCCCAACGGGAUGAUCCUGACGCUGGAGUGUCUCCGUGAAGCCACACUCAUCACCAUCAAGCAUGAGCUCUUCAAAGAGGCUCGCAAAUACCCGCUGCACCAACUGCUGCAGGAGGAGACCGGCUACAUCUUUGUGAGCGUCACUCAGGAGGCAGAGCGUGAGGAGUUCUACGAUGAAACUCGGAGGCUGUGUGAUUUGCGGCUUUUCCAGCCUUUUCUCAAAGUCAUUGAACCUGUGGGCAACAGGGAAGAGAAGAUCCUCAACAGGGAAAUCGGGUUCGCCAUCGGGAUGCCUGUGAUAGAGUUUGAGCUGGUGAAGGACCCGGAGGUGCAAGAUUUCAGGAGGAACAUCUUGAACGUGUGUAAAGACUCGGUGGAGCUGAGAGACGCCAGCGGCCCUCACAGCCGAGCGCUCUACGUCUACCCCCCCAACGUAGAGUCAUCGCAGGAGCUGCCCAAACACAUCCACAGCAAACUAGACAAAGGUCAGAUCAUUGUUGUUAUUUGGGUGAUUGUUUCUCCAAACAAUGACAAACAGAAGUACACGCUGAAGAUCAACCAUGACUGUGUCCCAGAGCAGGUGAUUGCCGAAGCCAUCCGUAAGAAAACCCGUAGCAUGUUGCUGUCUCCGGAGCAGCUGAAGAUGUGUGUGCAGGAGUAUCAGGGCAAGUACAUCCUCAAAGUCUGCGGCUGCGACGAAUACCUCCUGGAGAAGUUCCCCAUCAGCCAGUACAAGUACAUCCGCAGCUGCAUCAUGUUGGGGCGGAUGCCAAACUUAAUGUUGAUGGCAAAGGACAGUCUCUACACACAGCUGCCGACCGACACCUUCGUUAUGCCCUCGUACUCGCGCCGCAUCUCCACCGCCACGUCCUACAUGAACGGAGAGGCCACCUCCAAGUCCUUGUGGACCAUCAAUGGGACCCUGCGCAUCCGCGUGCUCUGUGCCACCUACGUCAACGUCAACAUCCGCGACAUCGACAAGAUUUAUGUGAGAACUGGUAUCUAUCACGGCGGAGAGCAGAUGUGUGACAACGUCAACACCCAGAGAGUCCCCUGUUCGAACCCCAGGUGGAAUGAGUGGCUGACCUACGACAUGUACAUCCCGGACGUCCCCCGAGCCGCUCGCCUCUGCCUCUCCAUCUGUUCUGUUAAAGGCAGGAAAGGAGCCAAGGAGGAGCACUGUCCUUUAGCCUGGGGGAAUAUCAACCUGUUUGACUACACUCACACUCUGGUGGCCAACAAGAUGGCCCUGAACCUGUGGCCGGUCCCUCACGGCCUGGAAGACCUGCUCAACCCCAUUGGAGUCACAGGCUCUAACCCCAACAAGGAAACUCCCUGUUUGGAGAUGGAGUUUGAUCACUUCAGCAGUCAGGUGAAGUAUCCAGACAUGAACGCUGUGGAGGACCACGCCAACUGGACCAUCUCCAGAGAGCUGGGCUUCAACUGCAACUUCUCUGGGCAGAGUAACCGAGUGGCCCGGGACCACGCUCUUACAGAGAGCGACAGCGAACAGCUCCGACAGCUCAGCAACAGAGACCCACUGUCCGACAUCACGGAGCAGGAGAAGGACUUCCUCUGGAGGCACAGACAUUACUGUAUGAACAUCCCUGAGAUCCUCCCCAAGAUCCUUCUGGCAGUGAAGUGGAACUCUAGAGACGAAGUGGCUCAGAUGUACUGCCUGCUGAAGGAGUGGCCGUCCAUCCGCCCAGAGCAGGCCAUGGAGCUGCUGGACUGUAAUUACCCCGACCCCAUGGUGCGCCACUUCGCCGUGCGCUGUCUGGACAAAUACCUGACGGACGACAAGCUCUCCCAGUACCUGAUCCAGCUCGUACAGGUCCUCAAGUAUGAGCAAUACCUCGACAAUCCUCUGGCCCGGUUCCUCCUGAAAAAGGCUCUCACCAACCAACGGAUCGGACACUUCUUUUUCUGGCAUCUCAAGUCUGAAAUGCACAAUAAAACGGUGAGUCAGCGGUUCGGUCUGCUGCUGGAGUCGUACUGUCGCGCAUGUGGGAUGUACCUGAAGCACCUGAGCCGACAGGUGGAGGCCAUGGAGAAACUCAUCAACCUCACAGACAUCCUGAAGCAGGAGAAGAAGGACGAGACGCAGAAGGUUCAGAUGCGGUUCCUCGUGGACCAAAUGAAGAGGCCAGAUUAUAUGGACGCUCUGCAGAACUUCACCUCUCCAUUAAACCCUGCGCAUCAGCUCGGGAACCUCAGGCUGGACGAAUGCAGGAUCAUGUCGUCAGCCAAGAGGCCUCUGUGGUUGAACUGGGAGAAUCCAGACAUAAUGUCAGAGCUGCUCUUCCAGAACAACGAGAUCAUAUUCAAAAACGGAGACGAUUUGCGUCAGGACAUGUUGACUUUGCAGAUCAUCAAAAUCAUGGAGAACAUUUGGCAAAACCAGGGUCUGGAUUUACGGAUGCUCCCAUACGGCUGCCUGUCUCUGGGGGACUGUGUGGGUCUCAUCGAGGUGGUGAGGAACUCCCACACGAUCAUGCAGAUCCAGUGUAAGGGCGGCCUGAAGGGGGCGCUGCAGUUCAACUCCAACACGCUGCAUCAGUGGCUCAAAGACAAGAACAAGGGCGAGAUGUAUGACAUGGCGGUGGAUCUAUUCACCAGGUCGUGUGCCGGCUACUGUGUAGCUACAUUUAUCCUGGGGAUCGGAGACAGACACAACAGUAACAUUAUGGUCAAAGACGAUGGUCAGCUGUUUCACAUAGACUUUGGACACUUCUUGGAUCAUAAAAAAAAGAAGUUUGGAUAUAAGCGUGAGCGCGUUCCCUUCGUUUUGACGCAGGACUUCCUCAUCGUCAUCAGCAAAGGAUCUCAGGAGUGCGCCAAGACCAAAGAGUUCGAGCGUUUCCAGGAGAUGUGUUAUAAGGCGUAUUUAGCGAUCCGGCAGCACGCUAACCUCUUCAUUAACCUUUUCUCCAUGAUGCUGGGCUCUGGGAUGCCCGAGCUGCAGUCCUUUGACGAUAUCGCCUACAUCCGAAAGACUCUGGCUCUGGAGAAGACUGAGCAGGAGGCGCUGGACUACUUCAUGAAGCAGAUGAAUGACGCGCAUCAUGGAGGAUGGACCACAAAAAUGGACUGGAUCUUCCACACCAUCCGCCAGCAUGCGUUAAACUGA